ACCCUUGAGUUGCACCUCUUGUUCAGAACGGCUGAGGUCAAUGUUGCAUUUAGGACAACAGGGGCCACCAAAGUAAUUCACUUUUCAGGUAGCUGCUUUGGCUGGAUUGUAUCUUUACAUUGCACACCAACUGUAUGGACUUCAUUGACUUUGCUAGCUUCAUGCCUACAGCUAUGGAGAAAAAAACGAGUUUGCUCCUCCUCCUGCUGCUGCAUGCCACCAUUGAAAGCAGCGAGGGAUGCUACUGUGACCAUUAUCCAUGGACUCCCUGGGUUAGCUGUUCAAAGACCUGUAAUUAUGGGACUCAAAGUAGGCAUAGGCAAAUCAAGGUGGAUGAUUAUUAUUCCAAAAACUUCUGUGCCCAACUUUGCACCACUCAGGAAUCCAGGGCCUGCAACCAGCAGAUGUGUCCUAUCAACUGCCAGCUUGGAGACCAGCUUGGUCCCUGGUCAGACUGUGAUCCGUGUGUUAGAAAACAAUUUCGUGUCAGAUCCCUGACUAGACCCUCUCAGUUUGGGGGACAACCCUGCAAUGAGCAACUGGUAGAGUCCCGGAGGUGCUACCCAACCAAACAGUGCAACAUGGAGGCAGUAAACUGUGAGAACAAAUUCCAGUGUGCAAAUGGUCGCUGCAUCCGCCGAAACUUGGAAUGCAAUGGAGAAAACGACUGUGAGGACAAUUCAGAUGAAAGGAACUGUCGCCGUGUGCAGACUGUGUGCAACAGAAGGCACGAAAGUGUUCCUGGCGUGCAGUUAAUAGGCCAUGGAUUUCACCUUCUGGCAGAAGAGAACAGAGGAGAAGUCCUUGGUAAUUCUUUCAAUGGAGGCAAAUGCACACUUGUGAAAAACAAUGAUACAAGGAAAACGUUCCGUGUUCCAGCAAACAUAGAGACUGUCAGCUUUCAGGUAGAGAAUGAAGAAGAUGAUGUAGCAUCUGAUUUCUACAGUGAUUUAAUUCCUUUAGACUCUGCUUCCUCUAGAAGCAGUUCUUCCUCUGGCUCAGGCAAAAGCUCUUCUGGAAUCCCAUAUCUUUUCUCCAAAAAGAAAAAAGUAAAGGUCACAUCCUCAUCCUCCUUCAAGGAAGCUGUGCAGGCUUCAUAUAAAAAGAACUCCAACUUUAUUAGGGUCCAUAAGGUGAUUGCUGUGUCAAACUUCACAGUGAAAGAGUCAGACUUGCACCUCUCUGGAGUGUUCCUACAGGCCCUCAACAGCCUGCCUCUGGAGUACAACUAUGCCCUCUACAGCCGGAUAUUUGAUGACUUCGGGACUCAUUAUUACACAUCUGGGUCAAUGGGAGGCACGUAUGACCUCCUUUAUCAAUACAGUGCUGAAGAACUGAGAAAUUCAGGCUUAACAGAGGAAGAAGCAAAUGAGUGUGUCCGGACAGAAACAACUAAGCGUGUCUUUUUCAGAAAGAAAAAGAAAGUGCAUACGAGAUGCGUCACCAACCGAAUGAGCGCUCGUCAUGAAGGUUCUUUUUUGCAGUCCUCUGAAAAGUCUAUCUCAUUAGUAAAAGGAGGGAGGUCUGAAUACGCCGCAGCUCUUGCCUGGGAAAAAAAAGGAUAUUUCCCAGAACAUGCCAUUUACACAAAUUGGCUAGAAUCGACUAAAGACAAUCCAAUCAUCGUUGAUUUUGAGUUAACUACCAUUUUGGAUGUGGUGAAGGGCUUCCCAUGUGCGGUGACUAAACGUCGUAACCUCAGGAGAGCUCUUAUCGAAUAUAUGGAACGAUUUGACACGUGCCGAUGUACUCCGUGUCCCAACAAUGGCAGGCCUGUGCUAUCUGGAACGGAAUGCCUCUGUGUGUGCCAGGCUGGUACUUACGGCGAUAACUGUGAGAUGCGAGCACCUGAUUACAAAUCCGUUGCUGUGGAUGGUUACUGGAGUUGCUGGUCUCCAUGGAGUCCCUGUAAUGCCUCCCAUAAGAGGCAAAGGGCCCGUGCAUGUAACAAUCCCUCGCCACUAAAUGGAGGGAAGCCAUGUGAAGGCGAACCUGCGCAAGAGGAAGAAUGCUAUCUCUCAAUAUUUGCUGACAAGGGGGCUUUGUGCAUAAAUGAUGACGAAGAGAAAAAGGAAAUUGACAUUUUUGUUGGGCAGCCUGAAUCUGGAUGCUUUAAACCAGACCCUCCAGAACAUGGAUUCAUCAGGAAUGAAAAGAACUAUUAUGCUGUUGGCGAACAAGCCGAAGUUGUGUGUUUUAGUGGAUAUGAUCUUGUGGGGUAUCAAUUCUUUCUCUGCCUGCCGGAUCAAACGUGGGCACAGCAGCCUGUUGAUUGCCAGCCAUCUGCUUGUGUCAGACCAUCAGCAUCUCCUGAUGUCUCCAUUUCCCCAUUUAAAAGUGAAUACAGCGUUGGGGAAACCAUCCAGCUAAGUUGCCCUGCCACCUAUAUCCUAAAUGGCCACACCCAAUACACUUGUGGGAAAGGCCCAUCCUGGAAGCCUCCUGUUUGGAGAGUACUUACCUGCAAGAAAGAUGAUCACACUCAAGCUCAAGGCCGUUGCGGCCCAGGCCAAAAGCAGGCUGGAUCUCAAUGUGUGUGCCUGUCCCCAACAGAGGAUUGUGGCCACUAUUCUGAAGAUGUUUGCGUCCUGGAUGCAACUUCUGAACAAGCCCUUACAAAGCCCAGCUGUCAGUUCUUGGCAGAAAAAUGCCUAGUAGAGGAUUCGCUCCAUUUCCUGCAUUCUGGCCCCUGCCUCAGUGACACUGAUUUGAGGUGGGCCAAGGAAAGGGCCAACCUCUCUGCAGGCAGCAUAAAGAAAGAGCCCUGUGGCUAUGACACAUGCUAUGACUGGGAGAACUGUGCAGAGUCACACAAUGCAUGCUUCUGCCUGCUGCCUAACCAGUGCCCGCAACGUGAAGAGCACCUUGUCUGCAUCAAAGUUAGAUACAGAACGAUGACAGCCAACCUCUGUACACUGGGGGCAAUGACAUGUUCCAGAGUGCGCUAUAAAAUACUACAUGAAGGAAGCUGCUUGGACUAAGAGCCAUCAGAAUCAUUGCUGGGCUACUUUUGCUCUGGGCCCCUACAUAUGGCUUUCAUUUCAAAGACUGUGCAUUCCAGUUCAGCUCUGUUUUUUCCUGUGGUCUACCUGUGCAUGGGGUUCAGGGCUGUGCCAAUCUGCCUUUUCUUCAGCUGACUCUCUUUGAUCAUGUGAAGAGUGUCUUUCAUUUGAAGGAAGCCAGCUUCUUUUCUAACAAUAUGGUCUGUGGACAGAGUGCAUCUGAGCUUGUACAGGGUGCCUCUUCUAGGAGGCAAAUUUAUAAUAAAAAAUCCAAGGACAGUGCCUCUGAAAAUAA